AUGGUCCGUCAACUCAAGCACCACGAGAAGAAACUUCUUCGGAAGGUUGACUUCCACACCUAUAAGUCUGAUGGAGGUCACCGUGAGCACCAAGUUCGCCAGCGUUACCUCCUCCAGGAUCCUAUGGACUACCGGAAAUAUAAUACUAUGUGUGGAUCUCUACGCCAGCUAGCACACAAGCUUUCCCAACUCGACCCAGACUCCGACCCAGUGCGCAAGAAGCUUGAGUCAGAGCUAUUAGAGAAGCUAUGGCGAAUGGGUAUCUUAAAACAGUCGCGCGAGCAAGGAGCAGGUCUGUCACGAGUCGAGCGCGAAGUCACCGUUUCUGCAUUCUGUCGUCGCCGCUUAGCUGUUUUGAUGGUACGAAGUGGCUUGGUGGAAACUAUUAAAGCUGCUGCUACCUUCAUUGAACAGGGUCACGUCCGUGUUGGAACAGAAGUUGUCACAGACCCUGCUUUCCUCGUUACUCGCAAUAUGGAGGAUUUCGUGACCUGGGUCGACUCAAGCAAGAUCAAGCGCAAUAUUAUGCGUUACCGUGAGAAGCUGGAUGACUUUGAUCUUCUAUGA